AUGGCCCACCGUAUUCUACAAGUCAUCUCCAUCGGCGCGCGUGUCCUCGGUCGGUCCUUCGCGGAAGCAUACAAGCAGGCGAAUGCUUCAAGUCAGUAUGCGCGCGCACAAGCCAAGGCCGGCGUCUCUUCAACCGGACGCGGCGGCGGUGCUACUGGUAUGACUCUCGAAGAGGCCGUCAAGAUUCUCAAUGUCAAGCCGCCCCAGGGCGGCAAGGCCGAUAUGGAGGAGGUCAUGGAGCGCUUCAAGCGUCUCUUCGACGCGAACGACCCCCAGAAGGGCGGGAGUUUCUACCUACAGAGCAAAGUAUUGCGCGCACGAGAGCGCAUUGAAGCCGAGGUGGGGCCGAUCCUCGAGAAGGAAGCACAAGAAGCAGAAAUCAAAGAAGGAUGGAAGCCGAAAGUUUACAAGGACCGGUAG